GGUCUCUUCGGGCAGUGUCGUACCUCUAAGCAGGACCAGGUCCAGUACCAGGUGUCAGUUCCUGUUCUGAAGAGGAUGCAGGAAGUACUCAAGCAGCUCAUGCUACAGGGUGAGUCAACACCCUAACACACCCCUGCGUAGGGUCUUAUCUAUGUGUUGAAAAUCUAGGGGCUCUAUGUUAACAAAGCUAAGAUAACGGUAAGUCUUAGCGCUGAGCGUCCAGAGGUGAGUCACAAAUAUUUGUACUAUUUUCACAGCCAUAAUUAUGAGCCCAAUAGCUGGCGGUGGCGCAUUUAGGGUUUUGAUGAAUGAACAAGUUGUUGGUGUGACGAGGCCUUGGCGACUCACUGGCCAAUCGAUACAUUCAUUGGCUUAAUACUGCAUGCCUUCUGUCUCAAGUUCUGUAGGUUAUCGAUGGUCUUUGCAUUGUCGUCAACUCCAGUUCGGCUUGGGGCACGGAGUAUUCUCGUCCUGUUCGACUGUGGAUUGAUACUACAGUUUAUUAAAUAGUAAUUAAAUAGGGUACAGUAACUACGGUAACGAGUAGUAGCAACAGUGGUCCCGUGUAGCUCAGUUGGUAGAGCAUGGCGCUUGCAACGCCAGGGUUGUGGGUUCGUUUCCCACUGGGGGCCAGUAUGAAAAUGUAUGCACUCACUAACUGUAAGUCGCUCUGGAUAAGAGCGUCUGCUAAAUGACGUAAAAAUAAAAUAAAUCCAGUGUUUGCUCAAUAGCCGAUGUUUGGAGUGUUGACAGUCAACAUUGUUGUAAUUGGCUUCAACUAGCCUAGCCUACGUGUCGCACUUCUCCUAAAAUAUAACUUAUUCUGUAUGUGUGAGGUACGUUCUCAAUAAGCAAAAUAUAGCCUGUUGUUGUCAUUAUAGGACAGAUUAAUUGAAAUAAUCUUGGAGGACUGCGUCUUUUGAGAUGGGAAUGGAUACUUUAUCAAGCUAAACGCAGCAUGCAGGUGUGUGUAUGUUUCAGGGUGUGCAGUGUAAUUUUCAAUUCAAGGCACUCUUGACGAAUAGACCAUUUAAACACUUUUUUCUGGAUGGGCUACUUUGCAAGGCCAGGACAAAAAAAAGACAAUGCAUUGCUGUUGAACCAGCCAUCGUUAUAGUAGCAUAGCAUUCGCACGUCUAUAUAAAAUACUAGGCUCCUGUCAAUUGUAUCGUUGCCUAUGUGUGACAUGGCGUUAUAGGAGGACUGAAAAGUUUGGAGCGUGUCUUUGGUAACAGGAUGAGGAGCGCUCUUUGAAAAUGGGGAUGGAUAACCUAUACUAUUUUCCCUCACUGUAUCUGUAUGUGAAUUGUGAAUAAUGAAAAAGCAUGGGGGGUAAAAACCUCAAAGAUAAUUCUAAUCAAUCAAUAACAUUUAUUUAUAAACCCCUUUUUACACCAGCACAAAAGCGCUUUACAGACACCCAACCUAAAACCCCAGAGAGCAAGCAAUGCAGAUGUAGAUGUAGCUCAGUUGGUAGAGCAUGGCGCUUGCAACGCCAGGGUUGUGGGUUUGAUUCCCACGGGGGGGCCAGUAUGAAAAAUGUAUGCGCUCACUAACUGUAAGUCGCUCUGGAUAAGAGCCUCUGCUAAAUGACUAAAAUGUCAAAUGUUGGCAAGGAGAAACUCAGAAGCACUCUCAGUAGACCAUUUAAAACCCCUUUAUUCAUAGGCUAAUGGCCAGGGGAUAAAGAAUGCACCCGUGUGAUGCUUCUAAACCAGCAUUGAUUGAGGGUAGGCUAUGGCUAGAGGCUAUGCUUGGUUUUUCAUUAAACGAAAAGGGGGGGGGGGGAAACCAAUGUUUUUUUUUUGUUUCUAAAUACGAGAUUCACUGGCACAAAAGAUACACCUCUCCUUCCAUAUGCACUGUGCGUCAUGGCUGGAUAGGCUGAAUCCAUGCCAUUAUCAACUGGGUUACUGUUGGUCUUAAAACUUCCCAUUAGCUCUGCAUGAAAUUGUCACUUUUGCGCUUGUUUUUAAGGACACACCUCAAAUAUGACCACCCCUCCCACCUCAGCUCAAGUGAGCUGAUGUUCGACAGGUAAACCUGGCGUUGGGGCUGGAAAAUGCACCAGUUUGACAUGACACUUGUGGCUCCUUAGCACCAGAAAAUAGAGCCCCCUGUGUUACAAUGAUUUUUUUAAAUCUAAUUUAACCAAAAAUCCACUGAUGUUCAAAUACAACAUUGAUGUUUCUGAAAAUAUAAAUUACCUAAGCAAAUAUUAUUUAUCCCAAUUGUCCAAUUGUAGGUCUGUCCUGGCAGGAUGACAUUACCCAGUACAUUGUUGCCAAAGAGCUGAGCAGAGUUCCUCACACCCCACGGUCCUCAAAGGCCUCCUCCUUCUCCUCCUCCUCCUCCUCCUCCUCCUCCUCCUCACAGUAAGGAUUCUAAUAGAUUUUAGAGAAUCUAAAGUUGACCUUUAGGCCUUCUCCCAGCUGGUCUAUCCAGUCUUAUCUUGCCACUGUGUAGCUGUAAAUUGUUUUUUUUUUUCCAAGGCCUCCUCCUCCUCCCAGUAACGAUGCUUACAGCAACUAAAGGUGGAUUUAGACCAGUGGGCCUUUUCUCUAGACUAUCCAACAUUGUCUUCUGUGUCUUAUAGCCUCUGUGUAGUUGUAGACGGAAGCAGCGCUAUGCUCAGGGCCCAUAUUCACACUCGGAGUGCCCCAUGUCCGUAUAAUAUUUUAUUAACUGACCUAUGACCUAUGACCUAUGACCUAUAACGCAAAGCUGAUCCUAUAUCAGCACUCCUAUUCUAAGCUCUUUGUUGAAUGACUCUCCCUGAUCUGCUAAACUCUCCCCCUUGGCGUGUCCUCUCUACCAGACCCAAGCAGAGCUCCUCCAAUCAGGGAGGAUACCCCAGCAGCUCCUCCAAUCAGGGAGGAUACCCCAGCAGCUCCUCCAAUCAGGGAGGAUAUCCCAGCAGCUCCUCCAAUCAGGGAGGAUACCCCAGCAGCUCCUUCAAUCAGGGAGGAUACCCCAGCAGCUCCUCCAAUCAGGGAGGAUAUCCCAGCAGCUCCUCCAAUCAGGGAGGAUACCCCAGCAGCUCCUCCAAUCAGGGAGGAUAUCCCAGCAGCUCCUCCAAUCAGGGAGGAUACCCCAGCAGCUCCUCCAAUCAGGGAGGAUAUCCCAGCAGCUCCUCCAAUCAGGGAGGAUAUCCCAGCAGCUCCUCCAAUCAGGGAGGAUACCCCAGCAGCUCCUCCAAUCAGGGAGGAUAUCCCAGCAGCUCCUCCAAUCAGGGAGGAUAUCCCAGCAGCUCCUCCAAUCAGGGAGGAUAUCCCAGCAGCUCCUCCAAUCAGGGAGGAUAUCCCAUCAGCUCCUCCAAUCAGGGAGGAUAUCCCAGCAGCUCCUCCAAUCAGGGAGGAUAUCCCAGCAGCUCCUCCAAUCAGGGAGGAUAUCCCAGCAGCUCCUCCAAGUCAGGGGCCAGUCAGGCUGACCGUUACCAGGACUACAUGAUAGUAGACCAUCCCCAGUCCCCCCUACGCAUGCGGACGUCUCCCAUGGACCCUCAUACCCACCAACAGGUACUGUAG